GUUGGAAGGCAGUGUUGUUGGAAGUGGCAGCGCCUUCCAAUGUCAAUUAAAUAAGCAAAACGCGAAGAAAACCCAAGCGUAAAGGAGAGUCUCGUUGCCGCGCUCGAAUAGAAAUCCAGGAAAUCAGUAUCAAUUCAACCGCCCUUGACACAUCCACAACCACUUUGACAUCCGAAUCCGUAUCCGGGCGAGGUGGCACGGCUGGCAGGAAGAACGUAACGUGAGUGGCUGCUCUAUUCUAUUCUAUUCUGUUGAUUCAGCGGAGUACACUACGCAAUAACCGAUAACGACCUUACCACCGCUCCCCUCUCCGCGCCCAUCCGCAGCGGAGCAGUGGAGCACCCCCAGUCCAACAAGGAGCUACCUGCUCGAGAUGCCCCAGAUGAGGGCUGCGGCCGCUGAGGCGGUGGCCGCCGGCAGCGCCAAUGGCCAGCCGCUGGUCAAGAUUGGGCACUACCUACUGGGCGCAACCCUGGGAACGGGAACCUUCGGCAAGGUGAAGAUCGGCGAGCACCAGAUCACACGCGUCAAGGUGGCCGUCAAGAUACUCAAUCGUCAGAAGAUCAAAAGCCUGGACGUCGUGGGCAAGAUCCGGCGUGAGAUCCAGAACCUAAAGCUCUUCCGCCAUCCGCACAUCAUCAAGUUGUACCAGGUCAUAUCGACGCCGUCGGACAUCUUCAUGAUCAUGGAGUACGUGAGCGGCGGGGAGCUGUUCGACUAUAUUGUGAAGCACGGCAAGCUGCAGGAGCACCAAGCGCGCCGCUUUUUUCAGCAGAUUAUCUCUGGCGUGGACUAUUGCCACCGGCACAUGAUCGUGCAUCGAGACCUGAAGCCAGAGAACCUGCUGCUCGACCACAACAUGCACGUGAAGAUCGCCGACUUUGGGCUCUCGAACAUGAUGCUGGACGGCGAGUUCCUGCGCACCUCGUGCGGCUCGCCCAACUACGCGGCGCCCGAGGUGAUUUCCGGCAAGCUGUACGCCGGUCCCGAGGUGGACAUCUGGUCGUGCGGCGUCAUCCUGUACGCCCUGCUGUGCGGGACGCUGCCCUUUGACGACGAGCAUGUGCCUACGCUGUUUCGCAAGAUCAAGUCGGGCAUUUUCCCCAUUCCCGAGUACCUCAACAAACAAGUGGUCAAUCUGGUCUGUCAGAUGCUGCAAGUGGACCCGCUCAAGCGGGCCAACAUCGAGGAAAUCAAGAAGCACGAGUGGUUCCAAAAGGACCUCCCGGCCUACCUCUUCCCCUCGUCCAUCGAGCAGGACUCCAAUGUGAUCGACACCUACGCUGUGGCAGAGGUCUGCACCAAGUUCGGCGUCAAGGAGACCGAGGUGCACAACUCGCUGCUCAGCGGCGAUCCGCACGAUCAGCUGGCCAUCGCUUACCAUCUGAUCAUCGACAACAAACGCUUCGCCGACGACGCGGCCAACCAAAUAAACGAGAUCAACAACUUCUUUGUGGCCGGCUCUCCACCACCGCCGCCGCCUCCGCCCGUUCCCCAAUCAUCGAUGGACCACCAAGCCCCUCUGGCCACCGUGACCGUUGGCGGAGGUACCUCAGCCAGCUCGGGCACCGCCACACCAGUGCCACCAGUGGCUGGAGGCACGCCUAGCAGCACCAUACCCAUUCGACCGCAUCCGGAGCGGAUUGCGCCGAUGCGGGACCGUCAACUGGCCAUGUCCGUGCAGACAUCUGGCGGCGGAGCCUUCCCGGAGAAAACCGCACGUGGCGGCACUCCCAUCAAGCGCGCCAAGUGGCAUCUGGGCAUCCGGUCGCAGAGCAAGCCCAACGACAUAAUGCUCGAGGUAUACCGAGCGAUGAAGGCACUCAGCUACGAGUGGAAGAUCAUCAAUCCGUACCACGUUCGGGUGCGCAGGCAGAACGUGAAGACCGGCAAGUUCUCGAAGAUGUCACUGCAGCUGUACCAGGUGGACGCCAAGAGCUAUCUGCUCGACUUCAAGUCGCUGACCAACGACGAGGUCGAGCAGGGCGACGACGUCAUCAUGGAGAGCCUUACUCCGCCGCCGCUUAGCGUGUCCGGGGUGAUGCCGCUGCAGCCGACCGGCCACCACACCAUGGAGUUUUUCGAAAUGUGCGCCGCCCUGAUCAUUCAACUGGCUCGCUAAGGAUGAGGUGACCGCCAUCGGCCGCAGCGGACCGGAUGGGAUCUUCUCGGCUGGCGAUCCGCACUCGGACAGUCCUGAGGAUUGACCAUUACCCGGAAGACACAGUCCCACAAAGGAAAGCUGGGGGGAGUUUCGGGCUCCGCGGAUCCCGGAGUCUGGCCUUAACCACAUGACUAAGUUCUUGCAUUCGUCCCAAACCCUUUUGAUUUUAAUCGGAAACCCAAUGUGCAAUUAUCGGUAGCAGGAUUUGGGAAUAGAUUUUAAAAAUGGCCUGCUACUAGACGACGAACAAGAGCUUGGGACUCCGACUCCAGCUUUUCUUUGUGCGGCUGUGUAAUCCACAUAAAAUGUUAUUGAACUCGGACACCGCCAACCGCCGUUGCCGCUACGCUACCGUUACCCGCUUUGCCGUAUCGAUUUCCGCUUCCGGUUAGUCUAAGUCUGUAGGUUCCGCCCGGUCGGCGGGCUUCGAUCCGUUUCUGUUCUGUUCUGUUUCUAUUUCGAUUUAUGUUUAUAAGCAAGUUGAGUUAUUAUCCAAACCGCAUGUGCACGUGGAUGUAUUUGUAUUAUGCCUAACGAAUUGUAAUUGGAACCUCGUCUGGGGAAGCUGUCAGAUAACAACCAGAUGUGGACCAAGUUUUAUGUAUCUGUAUCUGAACCAACCAAACAAUAAAGCGAUCCAUUAAUAUUCUAAAUCGAUUGUGGACGAAGUGUGAAUUAAGAGUAGCCAU